GCAACCGCCAGGGUACUUUCGAACAAUCACGAUUCACGAGCCGAUCCAUUUACCACGGCAGCGGCGGCGGCGAAGAGAAGCGAAGGGAAAAUGGUGGGCUGGGCAAUCGCCGUGCACGGUGGAGCGGGCGUCGACCCCUCGCUCCCCGCCGAGCGCCAGGAGGCGGCGCGACGGGUGCUUUCCCGCUGCCUGGCCCUGGGCGCGUCGGCGCUCCGCGCCGGCCGCGCCGCCGUCGACGUGGUGGAGAUGGUGGUGCGGGAUCUGGAGACGGACCCGGUGUUCAACUCCGGCCGCGGGUCGGCGUUGACGCGGGACGGGACGGUCGAGAUGGAAGCCAGCAUCAUGGACGGCCGCGGCCGCCGGUGCGGCGCCGUCUCUGGCCUCACGACCGUCAAGAACCCCGUCUCGCUCGCUCGCCUCGUCAUGGACCGCUCGCCCCACUCCUAUCUCGCCUUCGACGGCGCAGAGGAGUUCGCGCGUCAACAGGGCGUCGAAGUGGUGGACAAUAGCUAUUUUGUCACAGACGAGAACGUGAGCAUGCUGAAGCUUGCAAAGGAGGCCAACAGCAUCCUGUACGAUUACAGAGUGCCGAUUCCGGAGACUUGCAGCGCCGGCGCCGGCGCCAUGCAGAUGAAUGGGCUCCCCAUCAGCAUCUAUGCGCCGGAGACCGUGGGAUGCGCGGUGGUCGACGCGAACGGGCACUGCGCGUCGGCGACAUCCACCGGGGGUCUGAUGAACAAGAUGUGCGGGCGGAUCGGCGACUCGCCGUUGAUCGGAGCAGGGACGUACGCGUGCGGGGCGUGCGCGGUGUCGUGCACGGGGGAGGGGGAGGCGAUCAUCCGCAGCACCUUGGCGCGUGACGUGGCGGCGGUGAUGGAGUACAAGGGGAUGCGGCUGCAGGAGGCGGUGGACUGGGCGAUCAAAGAGAGGCUGGACGAAGGCAAGGCGGGACUCAUCGCCGUGUCCGGCGACGGCGAGGUGGCCUUCGGGUUCAAUACGGUGGGGAUGUUCAGGGGAUGCGCCACCGAGCAGGGGCUCAUGGAGGUGGCCAUUUGGUAAUGAUUAGGACGAGAUUGCUAGUAAUUUGUGUUAAUGAAUUCAAUAAUAAUAAUUAAAUAUUAAGAUAAAA